AUGGAGGAUUUGGGGGAGCCUGAGCCUAACUACCCUCUCAGUCCUCGUAUAGUUGUGUUUGAUGCUCUUCUGGCUGACCUGGAGAACAGCAGCUCCCCUCUGGCUCAGUGUCCGGUGCUGUUGACGUCUGAGCCUCCUCUCAACGAUGACCCGUCGUCCCAGGACACCCCCCAGGUGCGGCCCCCGCCUCCCGCCUACACCCCCCAGCAGACGGUUUCCGCUGCAAUGAAGUCAUCACAAAAUUCGAACCCCGAUAAACUUUACAGCACCGUGAACAAGCCUCGCUCUCCUCGUGCUGCGGACCCCCCUCCAGCGUUCUCCUCCUCCUCGCUGUUGGGAGGGGGCCUGAGCGAACUGGAUCAUCUGCUGCAGGAGCUAAAUGCCACACAGUUUAACAUCACCGAUGAGAUCCUGGCCCAGUUCCCGUCUCCGAAGAAAGAUGAUAAACCGAAAGACAGAACUCUCAGCUCUGCCAAACCCUCCGCCACAUCGGCCACUCUGGAACUCGACAAACUCAUGGCGUCGCUGUCGGACUUCAGAGUCCAGAGCACACCUGUUGCUCCCGUUGCGCCUGUGUCCCCCCCCUCCCCUCCGCCCGCCUCGGCCCCCCCUCAGGCAGCCUCUGGGGGGUCUCUGGACAGCAUGCUCGGCCUCCUGCAGUCAGACCUGACCAGACAAGGAGUCCAGACCUCCUCCAAAGGGACGUGCACGGCUUGUCAGAAACCUGUAGUGGGACAAGUGGUGACGGCGCUCGGGAAAGUGUGGCACCCGGAGCACUUUGUUUGCACUGAAUGUGAGACGGAACUCGGCAGCCGCAACUUUUUUGAGAAGGACGGUCGGCCAUAUUGCGAGUCCGAUUACUUCACGCUCUUCUCGCCUCAUUGUGCGCAGUGCAACCAGCCAAUCUUAAAUAAAAUGGUCACUGCCCUCGAUAAGAACUGGCAUCCAGAGUGUUUCUGCUGUGUCAAGUGCUCUCGAGCUUUUGGGGAAGAAGGUUUCCACGACCGCGAGGGCCAGCAGUACUGUCAGCAGUGUUUCCUGGCUCUGUUUGCGUCGCGCUGUCAAGGAUGCAGCGAACCCAUCCUGGAAAACUACAUCUCAGCCCUCAACUCGCUGUGGCACCCGCAGUGUUUCGUCUGUAGAGAGUGUUACCGUCCCUUUGUGAACGGGAGCUUCUUCGAGCACGAGGGGAAGCCUCUGUGUGAAGCCCACUAUCACCAGUCUCGUGGCAGUAUGUGUCAGGCCUGUCAGCAGCCCAUCCUGGGGCGCUGUGUCACUGCCAUGGGGGCCAAGUUUCACCCACAUCACCUCGUCUGCCACUUCUGCCUAAAACCUCUGAGUAAAGGCUGCUUCAAAGAGCAGGAGAGCAAGCCCUACUGCCACCCCUGCUUCAUCAAACUCUUUGGAUGA